ACCGGUCUGUUCGUUAUUUAAUUAUUCAUUUCGGUUUACUGUCGUAAUAUAGUAUUGUAACAUUUGAGUACCGCCGAGACCGCAGACCCGGUUUUGUGUCGAAACGAUUUUGUUUGGAAUUUUUUUUUUCAUUUUAUACGAUUUUACUGUCCGAAGUGACGAAAAUGUUGAACCGACCACCACAUGCACUGUUCCGCGUGUAACGCCCUUGUGUGUUAUUACCGCGGUCAAAGAUUUAAUUAUAUCUUUGAUCGCCGUUAUUACUCAUAAUAUUUUUUAAUAUUAACCGGUGAUCAUAUAAUUGUUCUAAAUUUUUCAUCAUUCUGCGUUUGGUGCCAAACAUUUACCUAGUGCGGGACACCAUUGAAUUCGUAGCUUGUUUGAAAUUUAGCGAUCCUAUAAUAUGUCUCUUAAAGUUAUAAAUAUAGUUCUACCAUUUUUUUUUUCAUUCGGAACGAUCGGUUUUUUAAUACUCUCUGUUGUGUGUGUGCCGGAGAGGGAGAUUUGACAAUGCCUAUUUUGAAUGUUUGAUAACAAUAAUAGAUUUAGAAUGGACUUUAACUUCAUAGUUUAAAACUAAAUUGCUAAUGAAAGUAUAAAUAAAACAAAAAUGUAAAUCUUUGAAUGGGAUUUGAUAAUUAAAAUGCUACAAAACAUUCCUUGAGUAGAUAUUUGGCUUGUAGAGCUUACCGAUUGUAUUCAGUUAUGUUUGACGGUGAAACAAUAGAGGGAGCGCCACCGCUAUGGUGUGCGGCCGCUGCUGGACAUCUGAACAUAGUCAAACUGUUGAUCAGAGAAGACGCCGUGGUGAAUUCUACGACCAAAACGAAUUCGACGCCGUUGCGCGCAGCAUGCUUCGACGGACACUACGAGAUCGUGAAAUAUCUAGUCGAACACGGUGCAGACAUCGAAGUAUCCAACCGUCAUGGUCACACGUGCCUGAUGAUCGCUUGCUACAAAGGCCACUACAAAAUCGCCAACUUCCUGCUGGCCCUAAAAGCCGAUAUCAACAAAAAGAGCGUCAAAGGCAACACUGCGUUGCACGAUUGUGCCGAAUCGGGUAGCCUGGACAUAUUCAAAAUGCUCAUACUCAACGGGGCCAAAAUGGAAGUAGAUUCUUAUGGGAUGACACCGCUGUUGGCCGCGUGCGUUACCGGUCACGCGGACAUCGUCGAUUACCUGGUUAAGAGUAACAACUUGGUGUCGCGCAAAGAGAAGAUCGAAGCCCUGGAACUGCUUGGUGCCACAUACAUUGAUAAGAGGAGAGACUUGAUCGGCGGUUUCGACCUGUGGAAACAGGCCAUGGAUCUGAGGUUCAGCGAGGACGACGACGAACUGGACAUACCGAAACCGGACAACGCACUGCCGAUCGAAGCUUACGAAUGGGCCCAAGAAGUGAAAAAUCACGAGGAACUCAAUGAACUGUUGUCCGAACCUGACGAGAUGAGGAUGCAGGCUUUGUUAGUGAGAGAACGGAUUCUAGGUCCUACGCAUCCGGACACAAGUUACUAUGUGCGAUAUCGAGGCGCUGUGUAUGCUGACGCUGGCAAAUUUACCCGAUGUAUAUCUCUGUGGAAUCAUGCCUUAGACAUCCAAAGAGGUUCUCUUGAGUCUUGCCACCAGAUGACUGUCUCUUCAUUCUUCUCCUUUGCCGAACUCUUCUCUUUCAUGUCUGACGCAUGCGCUACCAACGACAACAACGGCUAUAGACAAGUUCCAGCACUCUUGACUUUCGAGGACAUCAUUCAAGUCCUGGUUAAAGCUGUCAAUGAAUUAUGUGAACCCAAAGUGCUGCCAUCGUCGUUCGAUUUAUCUCCUAGAUUAUUGCUCAUUUCCUUGGAUCUCUUUAAUAUGGCUCUCAAAUUGAUCAGGAACGAUGAUCACUCUCACCUGACUCACCGCUUGCUGUACCGUUUGAACAAGUGUAAAGUUCUUGGACACCUCGGUCAGACUGCUCUUCAUUUGGCAAGUGCUCGUAAAACUGCUCUGGCAACAUCCCGGCAUCCCCAAUCCGUCAGCCCUGAAGAUGCGUCUAUGUUGCUGAGAGCGUUGCUCAAAAUUGGCGCUGACCCCAAUGCGCGUGAUGAAGAGGGUAAUACACCUCUCCAUUUAGUCUCCUCUAAAGAUAUGACUACCAUCAAACUACUGUUGGGGGGUGGAGCGCAUUACGAUUCUGUCAAUGCAGCUGGUCGCACGUUCUGUGACAUGCGCAAAGCCACUCCGCAUAACCCGCUGUGCCACACAUCUUUGGCAUGCCACGCUGCCCGCGCCAUACGCAAAAACCGUAUACCAUUCAUUGGACAUAUACCAGUCACGUUGUACGAAUUUGUGGAAAAACACUAGUAAAAUAGACAUUAGAAAGAAGACGUACAUGUAUAAUGAUGGUUUGAUGUUUCUGUAAUUUAUUAUUGUAUGCACGCAAAAUGAAAAAAAAUAUUAUUAUUUUAUCUAAUAAAUUGUUAAUAAACUUAUAGUACAGACUACUACUAUUAUCAAUAAUUAAUAAGAAAAAACUCAUUAACUGGAAACUGUAGUUUUCAUGUGUGCAGUUGUGUGUAUACCCUUCUUAUUUGUUCUCUGUGUUACUUCAAUUUACUUUUAUUAUGUUAUAAUAUUAUAAAUAAAGUAAACAAGCAUUUACUCGCCCUGUCGGCUGUCACUAUACUGUCAAAUACCAAAAUAACAAUAUAACAUUUUUCUGUACGAUAUA